UUGGGGUUUAAUUGUUGUGUAGUUUGGUGCGAGUCAAACUUCUCACUUCUCAUUUGUUCUUCUUUGAUUUCUAGGGUUAGAAAUGAGGAAUUUGUCUCAACUCCUCUUCCCUGUUGUCGGCAACAUCUCUGCUUAAAGUCAUGAAUCUAGAAGGUGCGGAGGUGGCAGACCUUGUAGAUGAUGUCGCCGUUGCCGUGGUAGAGGAUGGAGAGCUUCACGACAUCGGAGGAGAGGAAGGAGGAAGUCGUGGUGGCGGGGCAGAGAGAGGGGAUUGGGAAAAAAAGGGCGGCAGUCGGCGUCAUUUCAGGGAAGCGAAGGUUGAGCUGGCGUUGUUGGUAUAUGACUAUUUGCAAUGCUGCCCAAUUGCUGAAUUGAAGAUUCGAGACAAACCUAGAAUCAAGAAACGCAUGAAAAGGUUGUGGCCCUUGUCUACAAUUUCGUAGGUUCACAUGAUUCAUCAAGUGUGAGGCUUAAUCACUCGGAGCUAGAAACUCUAUUUCACGAGUUUCGUCAUUCCCUUUAUAAACUUCUCUCAAGAACAAUGAGGGAGAUGCCAUUAUAUGCAGAACAAAUAUACCAUUUUUCUUUAUGUCCCUCAAUGUAGGAUUUCUUUACUCGUACUAGAAAGGUCUCUUCCCAUCUUUUCUGCUAGUUAUAUGGAAUGCAUUUAAUGUGCUCCUCGAAAUGAAUUUAUGAGUAGAAGUUGUUAUGUAUGCACAAUAAGUUGAUUAAUAGAAUUUAAUCCAUCAUUUGGACUUGAUCACAUCCCUGGAUGCUACGCUUGGGAAUACAAAGUCUUGAAGAGAUUUGCAAAGCACUAUGCAACUGAAGAAGUUAUACCCGAGAAAUUGGAGGAUUCAUUGCUAGGUGCUAGUUGGGACAUGUUUGCUGCUACUGAACUUCAACGCCGUGUUUUGUUUCCAUUUUUAAUAAGGUAGCUAGUUUUGGAGAGUAGGUGUUCCUUGGUUUGUUGUGAUUGUUACUGCAAAAUGAAAUGGGACAUGAAUUUUGUCGAGCUUUGCCUAUGUUUCGUCUGUUCUGUUCUGGAGCUGGUCAAGCUUUGCUGGUUGUGAGAAGUUGAGAUUUAUUGUUGGUUGUAGCUGUGAUAGUUGGAGAUUUGCUUUAGUUACUGUUGUUACUUGUUAGUUUACUGCUGGUUUUGGGGAGUGAUUAUGUUUUGGCCUUUGGGGCUAUGGGGUUUGGGUUUUAAGUUUUAACAGAGCGAUUUGACAAUGGCUACUACUGUUGUUGUGUUACUAAUGGCUAUGAAGUUUAAUUAGUGAUUCAAAAUCAAUGACUGCUGCCUGUGAAAAGGAGUGUAGUGUCUACUAAACUUGCUACUUCUUAUUGUUAUAGAUGCAAUGAUUAGUGAACACAUAGGGCUUCGGCAGAGUACAAGAAUGAUAGAGAUCCAUGAUGAAGAAUUCGAGUUUAAAGAUGAGGAAGAGUAGUAUGGAGAGGAGAUUUCUUUUGAGGAUGAUGAAGAUGAAGUGGCGUCUGAAAGGAAUUACUUGGAUGAUGAAGAAUGAAAAUUUUCCAAUGUGCUUAUUGACUAUUGUUUAGCAUUUCGAUAUUUUAUGAACUUGUGAUAUUAGGAAAGGGUU